AUGGACAAUGCAAGGGAAAAUAACACAGAAAAUGGAACGAGAUUGGAAGAUGAAGAAUUGUCAGUAGAGAGGAUAUUUGAGAAUAAGGAGGUGCCUUCAUGGAGAAAACAGUUAACAAUAAGAGCUUUUUCAGUGAGUUUCGUGUUGUCAGUGAUGUUCUGCUUCAUAGCAAUGAAGUUCAAUCUCACUACUGGUAUUACACCAUCUCUGAAUGUCUCGGCCGGUCUAUUGGGAUUCUUCUUCGUCAAGACUUGGACAAAACUACUCGAGAAAUCUGGCAUGUUGAAGCUGCCUUUCACCCGCCAAGAAAAUACUGUCAUUCAAACCUGCGUAGUUGCCUCCUCUGGCAUCGCUUUUAGCGGAGGCUUUGGAAGUUAUCUAUUUGGAAUGAGCGAACGUGUUGCCAAACAAUCAGGAGAAUCCAAAUAUGGAUUGGACUACAAGAACCCAGCAAUAGGCUGGAUGAUAAGCUUUCUUUUCGUGGUUAGCUUUCUGGGACUUUUUUCCGUGUUGCCUCUCCGAAAGACGAUGAUAAUAGACUUCAAGUUGACCUAUCCUACUGGCACUGCUACUGCACAUCUUAUUAACAGCUUCCACACUCCUGAAGGAGCCAAACUAGCAAAGAAACAAGUCAGAGAAUUGGGCAAGUUUUUCUCCUUUAGCUUCUUCUGGGGUUUCUUCCAAUGGUUCUUCAAGGCUGCUGAAGAUUGUGGAUUCUCAAACUUCCCAACAUUUGGAUUAAAAGCAUAUGAAUACAAGUUUUUCUUUGAUUUCUCGGCAACUUAUGUUGGAGUAGGGAUGAUCUGUCCUCACAUCAUAAAUGUUUCCAUGCAUGUUGGAGGAAUACUCUCUUGGGGAAUUUUGUGGCCACUAAAUGAAACUAGAAAGGACCCACAUAGUUUGCAGGGGCUUCAAGGUUACAAGGUAUUCAUUGGCAUCGCCAUGAUACUCGGUGAUGGCCUAUACAACUUUUUCAAGGUUUUCAGCCGAACUCUAGCUGGGUUGUUUAACAAAAUUCAACUCAGAAAUGCAAAUAUGCAAAUCCCAGUGGUAGAACAUUCCUCUCCUGUCGGAAAAUCACUCUCAUUUGAUAACCAACGCCGUACCCAACUAUUUCUCAAAGAGCAAAUCCCAACAUGGUUUGCAAUUGGAGGCUAUUUCACCCUUGCUGCAGUCUCGACUGCAAUCCUUCCUCAAAUCUUCCACCAGCUCAAGUGGUACUACGUAAUUGUUAUCUACUUGUUUGCACCAAGCUUGGCCUUCUGUAACGCAUUUGGGUGUGGGCUCACUGAUUGGUCACUCGCAUCUACCUACGGGAAGCUAGCCAUCUUUACAAUUGGGGCAUGGGCAGGGGCCUCGCAUGGUGGAAUCCUUGCUGGUUUAGCAGCAUGUGGAGUGAUGAUGAAUAUAGUUUCCACUGCCUCUGACAUCAUGCAGGAUUUUAAGACAGCUUUUCCUGAUCUUGGGCUUCCUACAAGUGAAUAUCCCGCUCCCUUUGCUACUGUCUACUAUAGCAUGGCUAAACUUGGGGUUGAAGGAUUCUCAGCUUUACCAAAGGAAUGCCUCAAGCUAUGCUGUGGAUUUUUUGCUGCAUCCAUUUUCAUCAACUUAAUAAGAGAUGGUCUGGGAAAGAAACGUUCGUGGUUUAUUCCACUUCCAAUGGCAAUGGCGAUACCGUUUUAUUUGGGUUCCUAUUUUGCCAUUGAUAUGUGUGUUGGUAGCCUCAUACUUUUUGUGUGGCAGAAGAUAAACAGAGCCAAGGCAGAUGCCUUUGGGCCUGCAGUAGCUUCAGAUGAUUGUGGCUUCUCAAACUUCCCAACAUUUGGAUUAAAAGCAUAUAAAUACACGUUUUUCUUCGAUUUCUCAGCAACUAAUGUUGGAGUAGGGAUGAUCUGUCCUCAUAUCGUAAAUAUAUCUUUUCUUCUUGGAGGAAUUCUUUCUUGCGGAAUUUUGUGGCCUAUCAUUGAAACUAGAAAGGGGGAUUGGUACUCUGCAGAUCUCGAGCCACGUAGUUUGCGAGGACUUUAUGGUUAUAAGGUAUUCAUUGGCAUUUCCAUGUUACUCGGUGAUGGCCUAUACAACUUUUUCAAGGUUCUAAGCCGAACUCUAGCUGAUUUGUUUUACAAAAUUCUAUCCAGAAAUGCAAAUGUGCAAAUCUCGGUUGUAGAAAAUUCCUCUCCUGUCCUAAGAUCACUCUCUUAUGAUGACCAACGUCGUACUGAAGUCUUUCUUAAGGAUCAAAUCCCAACAUGGUUUGCCAUUGGAGGCUAUUUCGCCCUUGCUGCAGUCUCUACUGCAGUCCUUCCUCACAUCUUCCACCAGCUCAAGUGGUACUACAUAAUUGUUUUAUACAUCUUUGCACCAAGCUUGGCCUUCUGUAACGCAUAUGGGUCUGGGCUCACCGAUUGCUCAUUCCCAAGUAAUUACGGAAAACUAGCCAUCUUUACAAUUGGGGCAUGGACGGGGGCAUCACAUGGUGGAAUCCUUGCUGGUAUAGCAGCAAGUGGAGUGUUGCUGAAUAUAGCUUCCACUGCCUCGGACCUCAUGCAAGAUUUCAAGACCGGCUACCUGACCUUGGCUUCGCCUUGUUCAAUGUUUGUCAGCCAAGUGAUUGGGACUGCAAUGGGAUGUGUUAUUUCUCCUUGUGUCUUUUGGAUUUUCUACAAAGCUUUUGCUGAUCUCGGGCUUCCUGCAAGUGAAUAUCCUGUUCCCUCCGCUACAGCGUACUAUAAUAUGGCUAAACUAGGGGUUGAAGGCUUCUCGGCUCUGCCAAAAGGUUGCCUAAAGCUAUGUUACGGAUUUUUUGCUGCGUCCAUUCUCAUCAACUUAACCAGAGAUGCUUUGGGCAAGAAACGUUCGUGGUUUAUUCCAAUUCCAAUGGCAAUGGCAGUGCCAUUUUUUCUGGGUUCACAGAUUGCGGUUGAUAUGUGUGUUGGAAGCCUCAUACUUUACGUAUGGCAAAAGAAAAAUAAAGCCAAUGCUGAUGCCUUUGGGCCUGCCGUUGCUUCUGGUUUGAUUUGUGGUGAAGGGAACACCUGA